AUGCAAAACGUUAAAGAUGCAGCUCAUGCUAUUGCAGAAAAAGUAAAAGAAGUAACAAGUACUGUUUCAUCCGAAGUAGCUAAGGUAGUAACUAAAAGUGACAAUUCUACACCAACUACCCCCACCAAUCAAGGUCCUGAUGUUGUUACAGAUAAAACUCAUGAAAAAGGUUUGAACGACACUGUUGAAGAACGAGGUGUUAUGGGUCAUAUUGGUGAUAAACUCUCGAAUGCAUAUCAUUAUGUUGCUGAGAAAGUUCAAGAAGCAGCAAGUGUUGUAUCAUAUGAUGGUAAUAAAGAAAAAGUCAAAGAUCUCAAUACUACAGUUGAUGAUAAGUUUGAACAGAAACCUCAUUAA